AUGUGGCUUGUCGAGUCCCCGGACGAUGGCAUAUUGCAUCUUCUGCUGCCCGACAAAGUGUAUUUAGUUGGACGCAAAAAAGAUGCAGAAUUCCACAUACCGCAUAAGUCGGUGUCGAGGCUCGAAUUUUCGUUCAAGGCUAAAGGCGACACCCUUGAGAUUGCAAAUGUGUGUCCUAGACCAAAGAUAGGUGCUGUGGAGAUCAAUGGUGUCCCUUUGGGACAUGAAGAGGUUUUGCGAUUUAGUUCAGGUACUGGAGGUCUUAGCAUCCGCGGAAAAGGUUUUCUCAUGACAGCUAUUUGGAAGGAUAUGGUUACAAAUGGAGUCUUCCCUGAGCUGCAAAAUGUGGCUCAAACCGAUGAUCGCCAUAAAACUCACUACAUCGUCUCUGGCGAAGAGACAAUUGGUCAGUUAAUCGAGCUAUGUCGUUCCAACCCUGAGAUCAAAAUCAUGGACAAGCAAUGGCUACAACAAAUUAAUUUGUCGGGACUGGAAUCAGAUUUCGAGAAAUAUUGGAAAGAUGAUCCAAUUUGCCUGGCUACUAUUGGAGAAACUUAUACUGACUUGAAAGGCUUGAGUGGUAUUCGCUUCAGAAAACCAGGGCCUUCGGACAUGCUGGUUUUUCGUUUAAAUCGUUAUCAGGAGAAUGUCAGUGGAUUCAGAAAGGUUGUCGACGAAAACACACCAAUCAAGGUGGUUCUCGACUUUAAUCCAUCAGUUGCUGAAGUGGAGGAGAUCGAAAUGUUUGCUGCUGAAGAGCUUCCGUCUGCUAAUCCUGGUGAUAGGGAAACUCACUCUUCAUUGGAUUCUCAACCAAGCCAGAGGCGGUCUAAGAGAAUACCCGGCUCUUUAGGGUCUUCGCAGAUGUUCCUCCCAAAUAUUGACGAUUUUGAAGUUAUAAAAAGCGACCUGCGACGUUCUCCAGAAAAAGACGCGACCCCCACUUCAGCAUCAAAUGAAAUCAAAGCUUCUCCAGGUAAAGAAGCGGUUGCAAAAUUUCAAGCAUUGCUAAAGUCUACUAAUCAUGAAAAACUAAAUGACAAGAACGAGCCAAAUAAUGGCACAAUUGAGUCUAUUCCUACACCUACUUAUGCACCUAAAGACGAAGUUCGUCAUGAGCUGCCUCUGGUCGAAGUUCUGAAAGAGGCAAAAAAGGUGAAAGAAGAAAGCCAGGAUCGGGAGGUGGAUGCGGAGACUUUGCAACCAAAAGUGACAAAAUUUAGUGUUGCCGUCAAAGAAUUCCAGCCGCACCAGUAUAUGGGUGCAAACCCCAAAUGGAAUGGCCGCAAGGAUUACUCCAAUUUCCGUAAAUCCGACAGCGGUGAGCUGAGAGAUGUUGUAUUCGAUGCCAUGGCCUCUUAUAUCCGGCUCAAACCGUCAAGCUAUAACUCUGCUCUCACACGAGAAGGAAUCCAUCUUGAAGAAGAACAAAUUCCCGAGCUUGACCAAGAAUUCGAUUUCCCACGACGCAAACGACCAAUUUCACUACGAUCAGCUGCCAGGGUGCAGCAGCCCGCUAUUGACGACGAUGACGAUAUCCCUGUAUUCAAGUCUUCCCGAAGGUAA